AUGGAAGAGGAACAAAAGCCAUUUGUUUUUACACCUGCAGAAGGAGGAGAAGCUUCAAUUAGAGGAUUCAAAGGAAAAGCCAGGGCUGAAUUCAGUAAUGGUGACGUUUAUGACGGAGAGUAUGAAAAUGGAUUAAAGCAUGGAAAAGGUGUUUAUGAAUAUGUAUCAAAGCAAGAAGGUGUACCCAAUAAUGUUUAUAAGGGAACAUUUGAAAAUAAUCUUAAAAACGGUAUUGGUGUUAUGACAUACUACCUUCCAGAAGAGAAAAAGGAAGAAUAUUAUGGUUAGUGGAAGAAUGAUAAAAAACAUGGCGAAGGAAGAUAUACCUAUGCUAACGGAGACGUUUACAGUGGGUAAUGGUAAAAUGGAAAAAAGCACGGAGAAGGUACUUAUGUCUUUGCAAAAACUUAAAUGAGAUUUAAAGGUGAAUUCCAUGAAAAUAAGUUAUUAAAUGGAUAGUGGAUUUAUCCAAAUGGUACAAUUUAUCGUGGUAAAUUCGAAAACAAUAAACCUAUUGGAGAGGGUCUUUGGACUUUUGCAAAUCACAAUGAAGUCUUUGGCCAAUAUACUCAAACUAAAAUUCCUCUUAAAGAUGAUGAAAAAAACAGAAAUUUACUCAAUAUAAAACUCGAAUGGACCUCAGAGAUUCCAGAACAAAUUGUUUGA